GCUUCCAUCAGGUGUUCUGUCUGCUAUUCAAGGGCCGACAUAUCAUAAGUCCGGGUCCCUCACGCGUAGUCGCAUGCCAGUCUUUCAUAUCCGCCAUGAUGAAUCUAUUAGAAUGGGAAACUGAAAUAGGAGGGACGUUCCGCAUUCACCGGGCUGUGACCAAAGCUAUGCCUGUCGGUACCAGGAUAAUAUCUGCAGAGCCUUGUGGUGUUUCUGCCUGGACGAAGACAGCAAAGAUUGACGUGAUACUUCCGGACCAAAGCUCAAAGAGCUACUUCCUCAAAUGCGCCACCGGCCAGGGCUCAAAGGCUCUAGUUGAAGGCGAAUACGAAUCUGCAUGCGCUAUCAACAACAUAGUCCCAGGUCUGGUUCCUCGAGCGACAGGAUGGGGAAAGUAUCUAGAUGGUAGCACCCAGGUCUAUUUCUUCCUUGGGAACCACCACGACAUGGACGUCGUGCCAGCCCCAGAACCAGCAAGCCUUGUGGAGAGAGUUGCUAGAAUGCACAUCGAAGGGAAAUCUCCAAGUGGAAUGUUCGGAUUCCAUGUACCAACAGUGUGCGGCAAGUUCGUGCGCACGACGAAAUGGGAGAAGAACUGGACGGCGUGUUUUACCAAUCUGCUCAACGAUGUGAUCAAAUAUGACAACGAGACCAACGGUCCUUGGCCAGAGUUCGAUGCUGCCUGCAAGCAGGUGAUCGCUGUCGUUAUUCCAAGACUCCUAGGUGCUCUCCAGUCGGAUGGUCGAAAUAUCGAGCCAGUGUUGAUCCACGGCGAUUUGUGGGAACAGAAUGUUGGCAUCGACAUGGAAACUGGCGACACAAUCUUGUUCGACCCUGGGUGUAUCUAUGCCCAUAAUGAGAUGGAGUUCGGCACAUGGAGAGCGUCCUGGGCCUGCCAUUUCAACUCUCCGAUAUACAUGCGAUUGUAUCAGCGCCAUAUCGAGCCGUCCGAGCCUGUAGAUGAGUGGGACGACCGAAAUCGACUUUACAGUAUCCAUAUAUAUCUGAAUGAUUCUGCGGGCCAUCCCGGUAAUAUUUCGAGAGCUACAGCUUACAACGACAUGCUGUAUUUGUGUGAGAAGUACGCACCGUUGGAGGGCCUAGGCACGUACCGUCCAGAGAAUGACGUUAGCGUUACUGGCGCCUACAUCGAGCACGAGACCACUAAGAUGAGCCAUCUCCAUCAUGCCAUAAACGCUUGAUGAUCCAUGUUUUACUCGGCAUCCCUACGCAUGGGCAGAGGUGGAGCUUAUACUUCGGUUGCAAUUCGACUGCGGACAUUCCCAAAACGUCGCGAUAUUUGAGGCCUCACCGACAUGGAAAGCUAUCGCGAUAGAAAAUGCUGCAGAGCUGUGAGCGCAUAAUGGCUGUAAUCGGGUCGUGCGGUUUUGAUACGGCCCAUCUUGGGCUUCGCGUGAUGAGGAACAGGUGCGUCCCUGAGCUUGACGCGUUGGAAAUGGGUACGCGUCAUGCGCUAGCCCGCGAAAUUGGGGUGGCAGGCACCACCCAAAUGAUGCAAUCGACUUCUUUUAGUUAUCACGCUCGAGUCUAAUGUACCUCUCUACAAGUUAAACUGGCUAUGUACUUUGGAAUUUUGACUAGUUUUGCA